AUGAAAUGCUCAUUUGGGACGACUGAAUCCAUUACAUUUGUAGCUUAUGGACCCAAUUCUGUAUAUCUCAAUGGCAUUUGUACUGCUCCUGUGAUGGUGAAUUCUGCCCAAGAUAAACCCUCGUCUCAACAUACAGAAGACCAGCCGAGAGUAGUCAAUUAUGAGGAUGAUUACCAGAUGAUUAUGGAUGCCCAAGAUUCCUUUGAAUUUUGUGACACGCAGGAUGAUCGGUUCCUGGGAGGAUUUGAGUUGCAGCAUUUUGAACUAGCGCCUAGUUACUUUGGUCACGAUGAUAUUAACCUUAGAGAAGAAGAAAGAAGCGACGAUGACAAGAAAUUGAAUGAUCGUAUAGCACUUGGUUUAAUCAAUGGAAUGCUCAACAGUAUGGACGGUCGUAAGAUUCACAGAGGGCAGGAUCUAUUAAAGCGUCUGGAUAAAGUAUCGUCUAAUAUUUGGGAAGCAAAGCCAUUAACUGAAAGAUCGAUAUAA